AUGAAUUCAUCUUCCAUACGUUCGGUUUGUUCUGCUAAUAACACCCUAAAUAAUAUCAAGCAACUUUUUUGUAAAGAAGGAGAAGAACCACUUUUUUUUCAGGUGGAUCCAUCAAUCAAUGACUUUACGGAUAUCAAACAAUCAAUUGAAUCAAAUGGCGGGAUUUUGAUUGAAAGAUAUUAUGAUGGAGCUUUUGUGAUAUCAGAUUCAAAAUCUAAUGCGAUUAGUAGUUAUUACAUUAAUUGUUGCAUCAAACACCAAAAAUUGUUACCCUUGGAACUUUUCAGAAAUCGCACAAGUACUUUAUUGUUUGAAUUAACUAAGCCGGACAUCAUAGAUUGCUUAUUAAGUAUUAAUGCGAUACCAGAAGCUGACUCGAAUGACGAUAAUAGAAUGUCUGAUGGAAAUAAUUGUAUCGACGCAUCUGAUGUGUUUGAUUUCUAUGAUGCUACAAAACAUCGUAUCAUGAAUUACGAUGAUCUUGAAUUGAUGGAACAAUUGGUUGCUGAAAGCUAUGUUUUACGUGAACUGGCUCUGUUUUUUGUAUACUUGAGUGAAAUAAUAUUCAAAGGCAAGUACACACACUGGUUUUUAGCUGAUGUUUAUGUAAAUGCAAUUGCUGCAUCAUUUGAUGAUAUCAAAGUAGACGAAGGUAAUGCAUUGGAUUACUCGUUGUCAGCUGAUGCGGAUUGGUCGGCUAAAGAGUUAUAUGUUGCUGCUGUUUAUCUUAAAGAAUAUCUUUUAAGUGUGGGAGAUAAAUAUAAAAUUUCAGUUCGAUUUGUUAUUCAAAGAGACUUAGAAAUCACUAAACUAGGUAAUUAUAUUCUGAUGGUUUUUGAGAAAAGAACUUUCAUAAAUGUUGUAACAUUGUUGAAAAAAAUGUUACAGGAUUAUACAAAUAUGGAAAUAUUUAUUUCAAAAAUCCAAGAUUGCGAAAAUGAUGCAAGUUUGAAGGAUCUUUCUCAAAAUUACCAGAAAUAUCUCGAUACUGCAGAUUUUAAAUUUAGAUUUUUUUAA